CAGAGCUAAACUUAACCUGUAUUGGAAGGAGAGGUAGCCGACUACAAUAACACUAAGUAGAUAUGACUUUACAGAUCCUAACUUAGGGGAAAACCUUAGAUCCAUUCUUGAAGCUCAUCACCAAGCUGCUGGAGGGGUCUUAAGAGACAUUUAAGGACAUUCGCUUUAGCAGAACCUGGAUAGUGUUGUUGUUGUUGUCUUGGUCGGAACGAAAGGGGCGCAGUGCAUAAAAGCUGAAUGACAAAUGGCAGUUACCAGAGUGUGCUAUGAUGAAAGCGUUAAAAAUGCAAGUGAGACAGUUAACCAUCAUAUUGCUGCGACCCAGUUCAGUGACGUGGCGAUGAAUGUAAUCAGUUGAGCACAAUAGCGCUGAUAAUGGACAAAAAAGUUGUGUUCGUUAGCCACUCGAAGAAGGAUGCUACUAAAGUAAAUAGACUCCUACAAGAGUUAAGGGCGGGUCACUUUGACGUCACAAAUAGCAGCCAUAAGGAGGAAAUGGAUACGUCACACUUAGACAGAGCAUGCGCCUUUGUUGUCUGUCUGUCUGCCCAUUACAGCACGGACGAUGCUUGUCACAACGAGUUCCUGAUGAUUCACUGGCAAGAGAAGCCGUUGGUGCCAGUAGUGCUGGAUUCGGUCUCCUGGCCGCCGGGAGAUAACCUCUUCAUCCACCGGGACUUCUUCUGGAAUCUCACUUCCCUCAUGCUGGACCUGACGGAUGAGCAGAACAGCGGGCACCGAUUAGUGCCUCGUCUAAACACAGCCCUGGGUAUUACAGACGAUGAGAAAGAAGAUUCGUGGCGUGUUAGUAGCCCCCGCAAAACUGCCCCAUCUCCGGCCGCAUUGUCUUCAUCUCAACAGAAGGCCAAAGACGAAGAGAUCAUGAUGCAACUGGCUAUGCAAAGUGCUGAGUACCAGAAACUAGCCAGUGCUCCUCCGUCUGUGAGUGGCCGAGUCAGGUCAGGGGUCAACAGUAUUGACCAACCCGUGAUCAGUAGCCGGCAUCGCUCAGCGACGAGUGCCAGACAGCCAUCUUCUUCCAGACGCAGCAGCUUACUCACCGUGACAACCGUUGAAGAAUCUGGGGAGCGGCCUGAUGUGAAUAUCGUGCAGGACGAAAAUGACAAUGCCCCAGAACCGGAAGUAGUAGCCAGAGAAACCAUAAAAACGAGUGAAAAUACAAACACUGCUAAACAGAAGAAUGAUGGUGAAGGCAUAGAAAAAGAAAAGAGCCCCUUGUUAAGGACUUCCGAAGAGCAAGUAACAUUACUGAAAACUGCCAAGGAAACCUCUGAAAUAGGACAAUCACCAUCAAAUGAUGAUGGCAAACUGAACGAAAACUCACCUCACAUCCACAAGCGACGGCCAAGUGGCGGGUCUAAAAAGUCCAAAGCUUGCAGCAUCCUGUGACCUAUAUUCCCAAUUGAUGGCCUUUGAAGUUUGUGUUGUAAUGAUACCAUUUCAUAGAUGUGUAGAUUACCAUGCAUAUUUCAUGGGAAGAGUAUAUGCCACACUCACGUAAUGAAUAAAGGGGAAUGUUUCGAGGGAUAAUUCUACGGAUAUAUCUGUGAUAUAGUACUGUAAUAUCGCGAAAAUGGCAUUUUUAAAUAAAAUAUUUAUCA